AUGCCCGUUUUCGCUGACUAUGCUUCUUCCUCACGAGACCUGCGCGUCCUUCCAUCUUUCGCACCACCACUCCCUCGGUUGACACCUUCAUUUCAGCCGGAAAAUGGAGUUCGCGAAAAAUAUGAAGUUGUCGUUGUCGGGGCAGGACCGGCCGGACUAUUCCAAACACUUCUUCUUUCCCGCUAUGGAAUAAGCGAUGAAUCCCUGUUAUGCAUUGAUUCAAAGCCCAGCACCCUGAAGUCUGGUCAAGCGGAUGGUGUACAGCCGCGCACAUUGGAGGUUUUCAAGACGCUUGGGAUCUCCGACGAGAUCGAGAACGAAGCAUGCCAUAUGUGGCAAUUCGCGUUCUGGAACCCUUCCACCGACGAGAAGAAGAUCAUUGAGCGCACUGCUGUUGUUCCAGAAGUCCUGGCUCCGUCGCGUUUCCCUUACGAGGCUACCAUUCAUCAAGGGCGUAUCGAGCGUAUUUUGGAAACUGAUUUGUCGAGGUACUCUGAAAGAGGUGUGCUUCGCAAUACGAAGCUUCUCGAUGUACAAAUUGAUGAAUCAGACCCCGAGUUCCCCGUUCGGAUAGCUUUGGAUACGGAUGGAGUUGACAAGGUGGUGCGCACAAAGCACCUAGUCGGCGCUGAUGGUGCACACUCGGUGGUACGGCGGUGCAUGGGUCUACAGCUCGAAGGCGAGUCUUUGGAUCACAUUUGGGGUGUCGUGGAUCUAGUCGCAGAUACAGACUUCCCAGACAUCAGACGCAGAUGCGCCAUCCACUCUCCCGCAGGGUCGAUUAUGAUCAUCCCACGAGAGCGAAUUGCUUCCGGCGAGUACCUCACACGGCUGUACGUGCAUUUGCCACAUACUGCAGAGCCAGGGAGCGACCAAGAUGGUGUCGACUCUGAGAGUGCCCGGCAGCGAAGGGGAAAGAUCACCCUAGAGGGAAUAAUGAAGCAGGCUGCGGAUGGUCUGAAGCCGUAUUCUAUUCGGGCUAAAGAUGGAGUUAUCGACUGGUGGGCUGCUUAUCAAAUUGGACAGCGCAUAUCACCGGAGUUCAUUGUCAAAGAUACGAAAGGAGUUGCACGGGUGUUCAUCGCCGGUGAUGCCUGUCAUACCCACAGCCCGAAAGCCGGGCAGGGUAUGAACGUUUCCAUGAUGGAUUCUUAUAAUUUGUCAUGGAAGUUGGCCUACCACAUCAAUGGGCUCACACCCUCAACAGAAGGAAAUCCAAGCCCUUUGCUUGAUACAUACCAGGCAGAAAGACAUGAGAUCGCCCAGCAGCUGAUUGAUUUUGACCGCAACUUUUCAACCAUGUUUUCGGGCAAAGUGGGUGCAACAGAGAAUCUCACCCAAGAGGAGUUUCAAGGGGCCUUCACACAGGGCAAUGCGUUCACCAGCGGGUGUGGUAUUGAGUAUCUCGAAAACCUUAUUGUGGUCAGAGAUGACGAGAACGGCUCUACGAGUCCAGUGAGUGGAACGGACUAUGUCUCUGGAACUCUCAGGCCGGGGAGAAGACUCUUGAAUGUCCGAGUGCUCCGUCAUGCCGAUGGAAAUGAAAGGAGCAUCCACGAUGAUAUUCCUUCCACGGGUCGCUUCCGCCUGCUGUCCAUGACAUCGACAGACCUUCUCAACAGAAAAGGUGCCUCUGCGCAGAGCCUUGACGAAAUAUCUCUAUUAGUUACUCGAUUCCCGCCUACCCUUAUUGAGCAAAUAAUCAUCCACCCACAACUCGAUCAAGAGUUCCAGUGGAAAGACAUACCAGCUUGUGUGAAGGGACAGGCAGAGAUGCGUUUCUACAACGGAUCAACCCCAGAGGAUGCCUAUAAGAUCUAUGGUGUGGACCCCACUAAGGGUGCACUGGUUUUGAUUAGGCCUGAUGGGUACGUUGGCACUAUUGCAGGACUUGACGGCACGGCGAAGGUGGAAGAAUACUUGAAGGGGUGCAUUCGACCUUGCGUCUAG